UCGGCUUCGGAGGUUAUUUUAGAAAGUCACACAGGGUGUUGGAUGUUGUCUGAUGUCACUUUAAAACAGACUUUAUAUCGUGGAUACAGCUAAACAGGAUGCAGACUGCAGGAGGGGCACUGCAGGAACCAGUGCAGGGUUCCGCAGAACGGGGAGAGCUCGCUCAGCUGCCCGCUAAAGAUACCGCGAGCACAGACACCACCUCCGAUGCCAGCAGCCCUCGAGCGCUGACGUUUGACUUGUUUGAUAUGGUCAUUUCCUACAAAAGAAUGGCCAUAUUCCUCGAGCCCGUAACUGACGCUGUGGAAGUAGUGCGAUACCUUCUUGGGUGGAGAAUGCCCCUCUGCUCUCUGCUCUGCUGCGUUGUACUCAACAUCCUCUUCCUCACUCUAAGUGACGUGGCAUGGUUUUCCUUGUGCCUGCUCGCCGUGUCGGCACCAGCCGUCCUUGGUUACCUCGGAGACCGUUGCCAGGGUGUUACCACAGAGACGGCCGUGCAGAAGAAGAGAUACCACGCGGUCCAACGCCGAGACUUCCAGACUGUCCACAUGACCAGACAGGAAGCCAUGAUGGAAGUCAAAGUGCUUCUGAAACAGCUGGACGAUUUGAUGACUCAGGCGUGUGCAUAUGCAGAAAGGGUACAUAAAGUCGUGUACUGGGACAGCAGUUCUGCCUCUUCUGUGUUCUAUGGCUCUCUCCUUGCCCUGGUGUGUAUGCUGUAUACAGCUCCAGUAGGAUGGGUUCUGGCUCUGGCCAACAGCACCCUCUUUCUGUGGAACAGGGAUUUCUGCCGAGUUGUGCUGGAGCUGAAGGAGUUGGUUGUUCCAGGGCAGGAGCAGCAGACAGAGGGAGAGACAGACAGGAGUGAGCCAGACCAGACCAGUUUGCCAGACCGCACGCCCACUCCCACCAGCCUGGAGGAUCUGUCUCCUGGCAGUGUAGAGGAGGCUGAGGAGGCGGAGCCAGAUGAUGAGUAUAAAGAUGCCAUAGAGGAUGAUGAUGAAGUUCCGUCGGGAGCGCCAGAUUAUGAUUCGGUUUCUGAUAACGGUUUGUUGAGCAGAAAUGAGCCCAUUCGCAGUAAAGUGUCCAAACUGACAGAAAGACUCCGCAAACGCUACCCCACAAACCCCACAGGUAACUGCUCAAACUGUGCAGCUGCAUUCUCUGUGCUGAAGAAAAGGAGAAGCUGUAGUAACUGCGGGAACAGUUUCUGCUCUCGCUGCUGUUCUUACAAAGUCUUCAGAUCCAGUAUGGGAGCCACAGCUCCUGAAGCCCAAAGAGAGACUGUGUUUGUUUGUGCUAUGUGCAACGGCAUCCUCAGCAAGAAAGACUGAAAAAAACAGAGAAGAAGGAUCUUUCACUGCCUUGCCAUCCAGCAAUGAACCCUCCUUUCCCAUGGUAACCCAGUAAAUGCUUCCAUGACAACAGAGACUACGGCAAGAGCUUCAUUGUCCUCUUUCUUCAGUGCUAAGACGCUUUGAAAAACAAAAUCCCUCUUGUGGCUUGAAAAAGUGAAUUUAGGAAAAUCUCUUUUUUUGUUCCUCUCCUCAUCUCCUCAGAUGUCCUCUGUUUGAGUCUAUAGUGUGUCCCAAGCAAGUCACAUGGUUACCCAGAUUAAAUGGUUUCUGUCAGGCUUUGGUCCUCCAAAGACACAGUUUCUGGCUGUUGGAAACAAAAAAAAAGGGCUGACAGGAACGCUAACGCUAAUUAGCCCUGAUGCUAACGCUCAGAUUUACCACCCUCUGUUGUGACAUCAAAGAGGCCACUCCAGAGAGAGAGA